AUGAACACAUUAAAUGAAACUCCAACUACAAAUGCAACUGCAACUCCAACUACAAGUACAACUCAACAAACAGAAGUUGGAUCAUCCUCUCAAGCUGCAUCUCACACAAAUGAAUCUGAAACUGCAACUCCAACAAGUAAAGGCAGAGCUGAAGCAGUUGAAGUUGGUGAUAGCAAAAAGAAGCACGGCAGACAUUUGAAUAGAUGUCUAAAGAAUCCUAAUAGGAAGAAAGAAAAGGGACAACCAUCUCUGUUGAUGCCACCCCCAAAACCAGGUCAGGAUGGUAAACUUAUUGCUCGUACUUACAAUUAUGAUAGGUUAAGAAGGCGUCUUGUUGAGUGGAUAAUUAUGGAUGAAAUUCCUUUUAGAAAAGUAGAAGGGUCAGGCUUUGUGGCAUUGAUGCAAGAGGCACAACCUAGGUUCAAGAACUGGAAACUGCAAAAGAGAAUACUCUUGUUCUGUCAAGUUGAAGGUCACACAUGUAUUGCAAUCGGUGAGAAGUUGGUGGAUUGUUUGGAAGAUUGGGGUCUAAAAGAUAUAUUUGGUGUCACUCUAGACAAUGUCAGCGCCAACACAGUAGCUAUGGAUCAUCUGAAGCAAGUUGUUACUAGCUGGACAAGAUCACCAAUCAGAGCUAAAUAUUUACAUAUUGAUAAGGACUUUCAAGAGAGGUUUAUUUUUGAGCAAGACAAGGAAUCUGUUUUACCAAGUGAUGCUGAUAUUGAGGAAGCUAUAGCUAGUGAUGAUAUCUUGGAAGAAGUGGUUGAGGAUAUGGAAGAAGAUGAAGAGGUUGAGGAUAUGGAAGAAGAGGUAAAUAAGAAGAAGAAAAAGAAAGUAAAGACUCAUGCUCCUUAUGCAGAAGAUUGGUCUUAUGCUAGAGGUCUUGUGAAGUGUUUAAAGGUAUUCUUCGAUGCAACUGUCAAUUUUUCUGCUUCUACACAAGUCACUACUCAUUCUUUCUUAUGGGAGUUGGUAUUCAUCCAUGAACAAUUAAUUGAAUUUAGAUAA